AUGAAGCGACCAGCGGUGGAUUUCUCUUUUGCACUCCUUCUGGUGGAUUUGGUUCUGGGUCUCGCCGCACAGCCCUUUCCUGGGAUGCACCCUGACGCACUGCUCCGUGGGAUGAGCGCCGGCUCCAGACGCACAGUGCGCAGGCAGCAGCAAUCUAGCAGGCUGCCCCUCUACAUGAUGCAGCUCUACCGGACCAUGCUUAACGAGGACUGGGAUAAGACUCCGGCUGCCAGCGUGAGCCACAUCAGGGCGGAGGACAACCCCGUUCUGCAGGCCUCCGACUCUGUGGUCAGCCUUGUCGCAAAGAGCUGCGGGCAGAUUGGCAAGAGGUGGUCUGUCACCUUUGACAUGUCCUCCAUGUCUGCAAGCGACAACAUCCAUCUGGCUGAAGUUCGCAUCCGCCUGCCCGCCUUCACCGAGUCUCCCAGGGCCUCGGUGGACAUCUACCACUCCCACAGGGGCCGAUGCCCUGGCACGCACUGCCCAGAGAACAGGCAGUUCUUGGGCCGCCUGGUGGUCUAUCCCGGUUCCAUGGUCUCCCCCUCCUCCUGGAAGGUGCUCAACAUGACGGAAAUGCUCCAUCGUUGGCUGCAGCGGGAGCAAUCCACGCACAGGGCGGAGGAGGAUGAGGCUGAGGUGAGGGAAGAGCAGGCAGGAGUCGGACACCCUACAGCCAACCGAGUUAUGAUGGUGGUCUUCUCAAGGCAGCACUCGAACAGCCAGCGAAUGCCGACACUCAUCCGCACAGCAGAGCACUCCAAAUACGUCAGCCUGGACCGUGAGAGUGGCUCUGGGUCCAGGCAGAGGAGCCGCAGGUCCAAGAGGCACCCUGACACCCAGCAGCAGCGACAGAGAGUGGCCGGAGCAGCUCCUGCCAGCAGGCCCUCGGAGGAGAAGAAGGGUCCUCUCUGCAGGAAGGUGGACAUGUUGGUGGACUUUGCGAAGCUCGGAUGGAGCAAGUGGAUCGUCUAUCCCAAACAGUACAACGCCUAUCGCUGUGAAGGGAGCUGUCCCACACCAGUAGAUGAGACUUUCACCCCAACCAACCAUGCAUACAUGCAGAGCCUUCUGAAACUUCACCACCCGGACAAGGUGCCGUGCCUUUCCUGUGUGCCAACGCGCCUGGCAUCGCUUUCCAUGUUGUACUUCGAGAACGGGAAGAUGGUCACGAGGCAUCACGAGAAUAUGGUGGUGGAGGAGUGCGGCUGCCACUGA